AUGGCGUACCCAGAGAGACAUGGAGUCGCCGGUCUAAAGAUUGAGACAUCAUUUCACCAGCAGCGUGGAGAAUGGUCCAGCGAUGAUCAGAGGAAAAGGAUAUCGACGACAGGUGGCGAUGGUAUCGACAACGACUGCACCAAUCUAUCUCAUAAUUACAGCGCGUAUCGUCGCGAUACUGAUGAAGACCGCAGAGACGACGAGUUCCCUCACAAGCCAGAUGAUAUCCCGGGCUCGCCUUUGGAUGAUUACCUCCAGGGACGACGCCGCUCGAUUUCUUUCAACCCAACAGUGUCCAUUGAUUCUGGCUUGGAACAACCACAUGAGGAGCCACUCGCCAAGGGCGAUGUCAAAGAUCGGCCUCCACUGAAAUUUGAAUCGCGAACCUCCAGCCUUCGAAAUGCCCUCUCACAAGAUGAUGAGCGAAUGGCUCCGACUCCUGAUCGCUGGGGACAGCAUGCCGAUCAAUCCCCAGAGCAGCGGGGAAUCCCGACCGGAAGCUCCCGCUCGCAUCAAACGUUGAACUCAGAGACCGAGCCCACCACUGGCACUGAGCUAGAACACCCGACCUCUCUCACGUCGCUAUCGACGGCAUCGCCUAUUGCAGAGGAGGUCCGGACACCACCUGGAAGCGUCAGAGAUGAUCUCUUGUCACCCCUUUACAUCACCUCCCCGACUCAAAAUCCAUUCGCAUCUCCUGAAGAUCGAAGUUCCUGGUCAGGUGGUGUCGUGACGCCAGUGACUCCUUUUGGUAGCAAAUCACGGAGCUCUGCGCUUGAUCGCAGUAGCAGUCUACGAAACUCUAUCCGACAAGGUUCUCGGCGGUCGACAAAUUCAAGUGGCAAAUCUCCUGCAAGCAUGUUUUUAUCCAUGUGGUCCGGCUCGGGUCAGGCAGAUGAACCAGCUGCUGCACAGCCCGAUGACGAGGGCCAGUUGGUUGGCACCGACUAUGUCCUUGGAAAACAAAUUGGCUUUGGGGGCUUCAGUGUGGUGAAAGAAGCUUACAAAGUUCAAGACAAGGGCAGUCCGAAGAGGACGGCGGUAAAGAUUGUGAAAAAGCAAGUGGCAGGUCGGACCGAGCAGGAGAACGAGGAUGUGCAGGCAGAAUUCGACCACGAGGUCCGGGUCUGGCGCUACCUGAGUCACCCUCAUGUCUUAGCUCUUGAUGCAGUCUACGAGACAGACUACGCCACGUUCUGUUUCACCAAGCUUGCUAUUGGUGGAACUCUGUUCGAUUUGGUCCGUCAAAACCGAAAAGGCCUUGAGCCUGCCCUAGCCAAGAAAUAUACGUACCAACUAGCCAGCGCCAUCCGGUACCUUCACGAGGACAUCCACGUCGUACAUCGCGAUAUCAAACUUGAGAACUGCCUCCUCGACCCUAUCGAAAACCCUGAUGGCACAGUCUCUUCAACGCUUGUUCUCUGCGAUUUUGGAAUGGCUGAAUGGAUGUCAACAGAUCAUGGUGGCGACAGCCCCGACCCUUAUGAUGAUGUUGCAGACCGUCCUCCUCCGACCAAAAUGGGCCCCGCAGGCUCCAGUACCAGUGUGGCUGGCAGCCUAGAGUACGCAUCGCCUGAGCUUCUGCAGUCCACUGGCGGUGUCAUUCACCCCUCCGUCGAUAUCUGGGCAUUGGGUGUGAUCAUAUAUACCGUGAUUGUCGGGUCACGGCCUUUCCAAGACUCCUUUACACCUCGCAUCCAGGCCAAUAUUAUCAAUGGUAUAUGGGAUCGUGAGUCUCUUCUAGGAGAUACGACAGAUGAGCUUCUCCAACAAGACCGCCGGGAUGCUCUUGAAUUAGUCAAGGGCUGUCUUGAGAUGGAUGUUAACAGAAGGUGGACGAUUCGCAGGGUGCUCGAAUCUGCCUGGUUAAAGGAAGUCGCAGAGCCCUCCGAAGAUCACACACCAGAAUCUAUGUGGAGAAUCUAA